CGUGGUCCCGACCAGCCUCCCAGACCACGAACACUGUUCACUUGUGUGUGUUAGUGCACCCUCGGGACUCAAUACAAACUUUAGAAGUUUCCGCGCUACCUGGAAAGAAAUCGAGUAUCAAAAUGAUGUGGUGGUCAGUGUGGUGCUUCGCUAUGGUGGCGUGCGGCGCGCGCGUCAGCUGCGCCCCCGCCGCCAGCGGACUGGCGCCCAUCGACUGGAGAGAGGUAGACGAGGACAUGUACGCGGUGGCGCCGGUCGGAGGCCGCGUCGCAGCCCCCUGGAUGUACUACUUUGGCGAGGAGCCCCACGACUCACAGCUGGUGGAGCACUACGGGCGUGCGCGGCCGAAGCGCAAGAUGCCGUCGUUGUCCAUCAGCAACCCCAUGGAGGUGCUGCGGCAGCGGCUGAUGCUGGAGGUGGCGCGCAAGCAGAUGCGCCAGGCCAGCGAGCAGCAGGCCUUCAAGAACAGGGUUUUCCUCCAGAACGUCGGGAAACGAGGUUUCUGGGCUGACUCGGACCGGGUAUCAUCACACUACGACGACUAAAUCUCUCAGCAGUACGCCGCUCCGGCUGGGGGACGCGCGUUUCAUUUGAACCCUGAACUUGUCUCAUUUACUUAGUUAAUUAAUGGAAUUUAUUUCCGAGCAAAUAAUACGCUCGUUGAAUAUUAAAUUUUACAAUAUUUCCACUUCUGUUUAUCUUUUCUUAGCGUUUGUCUUUCCGUUCGGUUUCAUUUAAAAGUACUUCUGCCUUUUUGUACGAUGACAUUUUAGCUUUAUUACAAAAAUGAUUCGCCGUCCGUGGUUUGCAACUUUUGUUUUUAAGAUUACUUUUGUUAUUAUUUUGUGUUCCGAGGGUCGUCCAGCUCGACGUUCGAAAUUCAAAUAAGUAUUAGAAGUGUUUGUGCCAAAUUUUAUUUACCUCUAUAAUGCCCACCCACCUACGAUACUAAAUUAGGGGUAAACUUUCAAAUGUAAUUAUUUAUAUAUAAAACUUGUCUAGUCUCUAUCUGUAGAUUUGUAUGUACAGAGUAGUUUUAUUUAUUUUAACUCGUAGUGGGAAACUCUAGUAGCUUUUAAAA